AUGUCUCUCAGAAUCGUGAUGUUCGUUGGCCUGAUUACCGUAGCAACUGCUACCGAGACAGCGGACAAGAGAAGCGCGUCCUGGGACGUAGUCAGUUCCGGAUGGAACCCGGCUAGUGGUGGCAACGGAAUACCUGCCACGCUGGUUAUAAACAGCGGUGGAAACGAAGGCUGGUCGUCAGACUCAAGCAGCGAUGUCGCUGGCGCGGUGGCAGCUGCCAAGGCUGCGGCGAGCGCAGUGAAGGCUGCUCAGCAACAGGUUGCCGCCGCCAAGCACGCCGCACUACAUCAGCAAGAGGUAGCCGGCGCCAAAGAGGCCGCAGCCGCACAAGCCGCGCAUAAAAGCGAGGAGGCAUCAAGGCGUGCUCGUGCGCGUGCUCUGGAAGCGGCGCAGUCCGCGGUGCACGCGCAGGCGCGGCUUGCGGCGGCCAAGGCUCGCGCCGCAGCCGCGCAGAGAGUCGCCGCUACAAGGGAAGCUGAGGCAGCCAAAGCUAUACAACAAGCUGCUCAAACACAGGCUGCUAGGCUGCAGAACGCCGACAUAGAAUCGCUGAAACUGUCAGUGCUGCAUAGUUCGGGGGCCGCGGGCGCGGCGGGCGCGGCGCAGCACGCAGCGACCUCUGCCGCCGCCGCGUUACGACCUGACAGCCAGCGCUGGAAUGACUGGCAACCCAGUGCCUGGGACUGGAUGUGGUUACCCGUGAUACUCGUUUUGACAAGCAGCAGUUAUCUAACUAAUGCAGAAAUAGACCGUCGGCGUUUCUCAAACCCGACCUAUUACAAUGUCGGUGGGGUUCUGUCUAGUAACGAGUCAAUUGCAUUCUUCAAGGACACGAUAUCCAAUCUAAAUUUCAAAGACCAAUAUGUUCCGCGCGGCGUCACAUACCACGAUUACUCUAUUUUGAUGGACCCCAAUCCUAUAAAGACUGCUUUAAACGUUUGCAAGGAUUUAAUUGGACACAGAGUGUACGCAGUGAUCGUCUCCCAUCCACUUACCGGUGAGCUCUCCCCAGCUGCGGUAUCGUAUACGAGCGGGUUCUAUCAUAUACCGGUCAUUGGUAUAUCAUCCAGAGAUUCCGCAUUCUCUGACAAGAACAUCCACGUGUCAUUCCUCAGGACAGUACCGCCGUACUCCCAUCAGGCUGACGUCUGGGUGGACGUAUUGAAGCAUUUUAACUACAUGAAAGUUAUAGUCAUACACAGCUCGGAUACGGACGGCAGAGCUAUACUUGGCAGAUUUCAAACAACAUCGCAAAGUAUCGACGAGGACGUAGACCGCAAGGUUGUAGUGGAGCAGGUGAUAGAGUUCGAGCCGGGACUAGACGCGUUUAGCGACCGGCUCAUCGACGCCAAAAGCGCGCAGGCUAGAGUCUUCCUCAUGUAUGCUAGUAAAACUGAUGCGGAGAUAAUAUUCCGCGACGCGACAUACCUGAACAUGACGACGACGGGCUACGUGUGGAUGGUGACAGAACAGGCGCUGGACGCCGCCAACGCGCCUGAAGGACUGCUCGGCCUACGCCUCGUCAAUGCCACUAACGAACACGCGCAUAUACAAGAUUCUAUCUAUGUCUUAGCUUCUGCAAUACGUGAUAUGAACAAAUCAGAGGAGAUCCACGCGCCGCCGUCAGAUUGUGAUAAUUCUGGUUCUAUCUGGACGACUGGCCGGUUGCUCUUCGACUACAUACGUCGUCAGAGCUUAGAGAGUGGCGCUACUGGACACGUGGCAUUUGACGACCAUGGAGAUAGAGUGCAUGCGGAGUACGAUAUGGUGAAUGUACGCGCGCAAGGGGAGCAUGUCGCUGUCGGCAAAUAUUUCUAUUCUAAGGACACACAAAAGAUGCGCCUAGAAUUAAAAGAACACGAGAUCAUCUGGAUGGGACGAAGCUCAUCGAAGCCCGAAGGUUUUAUGAUACCAACACAUCUUAAGGUGCUAACAAUAGAAGAAAAGCCAUUCGUGUACGCGCGUCGUGUAGACUAUGAAGGGGACUGUACCCCAGAAGAAAUACCUUGCCCGCACUAUAACACAAGUGAUGACAUUGACCGUAUGUAUUGCUGUAAGGGUUUCUGCAUGGAUCUGCUGCGCUACUUGUCCAAGGCCAUCAACUUCACCUAUUCGCUAGCGCUGUCCCCUGACGGACAGUUCGGGCACUACGUGAUACGCAACCUCUCCGUACCUGGAGCUAAGAAGGAAUGGACUGGUCUUAUUGGAGAAUUGGUUUACGAGCGCGCAGAUCUGAUCGUCGCUCCUUUGACAAUAAAUCCUGAACGCGCUGAAUUUAUAGAAUUCAGUAAACCAUUCAAGUAUCAAGGUAUAACAAUACUCGAGAAAAAGCCGUCUCGUUCUUCCACUCUGGUAUCAUUCUUGCAACCAUUUUCCAACACGCUAUGGAUACUAGUGAUGGUGUCAGUCCACGUCGUGGCGCUAGUGUUGUACCUGCUCGAUAGAUUCUCGCCGUUUGGAAGAUUUAAAUUAGCUAAUAUCGAUGGCACGGAAGAAGAUGCUUUGAAUCUGUCCAGCGCUAUCUGGUUUGCUUGGGGUGUGCUGCUGAACAGCGGCAUUGGUGAAGGUACGCCCCGGAGCUUCUCAGCGCGUGUGCUGGGCAUGGUGUGGGCGGGAUUCGCGAUGAUCAUUGUGGCCUCGUACACCGCCAACCUCGCCGCGUUCCUCGUGCUCGAGCGCCCUAAGACCAAGCUCACAGGAAUCAAUGACGCUAGAUUACGCAACACGAUGGAAAACUUAACAUGCGCUACAGUAAAGGGGUCGGCAGUCGACAUGUACUUCAGACGGCAAGUGGAACUAUCCAACAUGUACCGUACAAUGGAAGCUAACAAUUACGAUAAUGCUGAACAAGCCAUACAAGACGUUAAGAACGGUAAGCUGAUGGCAUUCAUUUGGGACUCCUCGCGGCUGGAGUUCGAGGCAGCUCAAGACUGCGAGCUGGUGACGGCGGGCGAGCUGUUUGGCCGCUCGGGCUACGGCGUCGGCUUGCAGAAAGGCUCACCCUGGGCUGACCUUGUCACACUCGCUAUACUCGACUUCCAUGAAAGUGGUAUCAUGGAAUCUCUAGACAACCAAUGGAUCCUGCGUAACAACAUGCUCAACUGCGAGGAAAACGAGAAAACACCGAAUACGUUGGGUUUGAAAAACAUGGCGGGCGUUUUCAUACUCGUGUUGGCGGGAAUUAUCGGCGGGAUUGUGCUGAUUGUGAUUGAGGUGGUUUACAAACGUCAUCAGAUACGCAAACAGAAGAGGAUGGAGAUAGCGCGGCACGCCGCCGACAGAUGGCGCGGCGCUAUAGAGAAACGCAAGUCACUGCGAGCGUCGAUAUUGCCGUCACAACGUCGCGUCAAGUCCAACGGCGUGAAGGAAGCUGGCAGCAUCAGCCUGGCCGUGGACAGGGGUGUUAGGAGACGAGACGAUCCGCGUAUACCGAGAUAUCUACCCGCUUAUACCCCUGAUGUAUCCCAUCUCGUAGUUUAAAUGCUACUGUAGAUGUCCAAUUCAAUAGAAAUAAGAAAUUAUCUUUAAAAAAUUACCAUUUUACUGCUGUAAUCUCAGACUUGUUUGAAUUAUCAAUUCAAACGCUAUAACUUUCCAAAAUAAAUCUAUAGACAAUAAAUUACAUUGUGGAAUGUGUAACUAUAAUUUCUCAUUUCCAUUAAAUUGGACUGUUUAAUCUAUUAUAGUUUAUUGCUCGCAAUUUCUCGCGAAAUAAUACGCGGUUCACACUUGGACAGUACAAUACAGUAGCACUCUAUAACUGGAUUGUCAAUCAAUUGGCACAGGGCGAACACUGGUGCCAAGCGAGUCCUGGCAAUUUAUCAACCGCCGCUACUGUCCGACUGUAUUGGCUAAGUGUGAACCGGGCCCAAAAGAUGCAUUAGGCAUACACAAUCUUACACAGUACACAGGUUUACUUCACAUUGGGCCCACUUGAUAACCACCUACGAGCCGCGAUUUUUUAAAUCGUAAUACCAAUGCUUACUGUUGCUUCAAAAUUAUCUUUUUGUGAACGUAAAUAUAAGUACCUAUUUCUUGCACACUCCAUUACUCUGGAGUCUGGUUUCAAAUCUGUUGGGAAUUGAUGACCGGUCAACAUGCAUUUGUAACUAUUUCCUUCAGUCCGGGACCGCUAAUUAUAGUUUUUUUUAAACCCAACCAAUAAAACAUUUAUUAAAGAUUAUUCUAGAAUAUAAGGCUGUGACAAAACCCUAAAAAAUAAUAAAUAUAGAAACAUAUUCACGUAAUUAAUGUUUCGUAGUGGCACUAUGAAUGUUGUGUUGUGUGUUGUUAUUAUAAAAAGGCUAUAAAAUAGUAAGUUAGUAGGCUAUAAAAGUGUAUUAACUAUUUUAGAGGUUAUAUCUAUAUGUAUGGAUAAACAUAAAGACAAGAAAUAGUAUUUUUUGUCUAUAUAAUAAAAAUGUGCGCGUCAAUAACCUAGAUCUGCCAAAAACUGUUACAA